AUGUCAUCAACGACUGCAAAAGUUCCAACACUUUUGAAUACGACUUUCUUAACCUCAGGACUUAGUCGCGGACUCUUUGAAUUCGUUACGAAAGUCGCUGAUGCUAGAAGUAAACAGGAAGAGGACCACUAUGUGGCAGAGGAACUCUUCUCCCUCACAAAGAAACUAUCAAAGCCUGAAAUUUCUUCAGUGGGCCAUAGUGUCGAAUUUGGCUAUAUUCACGCUGUCAAGCUGGCCCAAAGUGGAAAGAACAUAUGGGAGAAGCGGGCUGGAUACCUCGCGUGCUCUUUAUUUCUUUAUGAAACUCAUGAGCUGAGCAUAAUGCUCAUCAACACGGUUCAAAAGGAUUUAAAUAGUAAUAAUGAGCUAGAAGUUAACGCGGCGAUAUCAGCUCUUUGUAGCUUGCUGUAUCCGGAGAUGAUACCAGCAGUCAUUCAACUCAUCGAAGGGGCAUUGAAACAUUCAAACGACUCUGUCAGAAGAAAAGCAGUUAUGGUCUGUCAUCGAUUAUAUCGUAUUGCACCAGAUACCAUAUCCCAUCUUGAAGACACCUUUCGAGAGAUACUAGCCGAUAAAGAUUAUGGUGCCCUCAGUGCUAUUCUUUGCUUAUUCUCGGAUCUAGUUCAGGAUAAGCCAGAGAAAUAUAAAGACCUCGUUCCAACUUUAAUAACCAAGUUAGAACAAGUUAUUGAUCGAUGGUUGCCUAGAACUUACGAUUACCACGGUGCAUCCGCUCCUUGGAUUCAGAUUAAGCUCGUGAGGAUUUUGGGACUAUUGGCCAAGGACGAUGAAGAAAUAAGUCAGGAGAUAGAGCCAAUGAUUAUCCGCGUACUUAGAAAAGCGGAGGAUGGUAUAGAUGCAGCAUAUGCCAUAAUCUUUGAAUGCAUCCGUUCUCUCUCUCUUCUACAUCCACGCGUACUUUCCUCUCUCGUAAACAAGUCUGGAGCACAGAAUCCUCUCAGCAUUAUAGCACGCUUCCUCAAAUCACAUAAUCACAAUUUAAAAUAUCUAGGAUUGAUUGCUCUUCAACAGGUUGACCCUGUCUGGUGGACAGAGGGCGGAUGGUGGGGUGAAGAGCAGAUGAAUGUGAUUGUAGAAUGUCUUGAGGACAAAGAUGAGACUUUGAAAAAGAAGACUUUAGACAUUCUUUAUAAAAUGGUCAAUUUACAAAAUGCAACCGUAAUAGUAGAUAGAAUGAUUGAAGCGAUAGGUUCUGCGUUGACCCCGGACAAUUUUCUGAGAAAGGAACUCGUUAUUAGAGUGGUCGAUAUUUACUGGCUUGUGGCUACGUUAAUCAAGCUACAUGAUGUGGCUGAUGAUUUGAUUUGUUAUGAUCUUUCUGAUAAAAUUUUCAGGAUUAUAAUCAACGCGUCUGAGGACAUGUCCAGUAAUGAGACGUUACAGAUGACAGCUAUGAAGGAAUCAAUCAAGAUUUUAGAAAGAGAUAAACAAUAUCUUAAUAAGAAUCUAACCGUCUUCGUAGUGCGGGUACUUGGGGCAUGCAUUGAGUACCAUGAGGAUUCUAAAAAUGUAAUAGAUAGGCUUUACUCGGUCUUGGAAAAUACAAGAGAUGCUGAGGUUCAAGCUUACACAAUAAACUCACUGUUAAAAUGUGUGGCAAAGACAAAAGAGUGUCCAGAGAGAGUUUUAGAUGCGGUCAGAAAAUGCUAUAGAUCAACCUCUGUAUACGUUAGACAGCAAAGUAAAGAAUUUCUGGAACUAUACAAUAGCGCUAUAUUAUUCAAUAAGGUGGUCUUGGGAAAGAGCAAUAUUAAGAAUGACCAACUGUUCAUAUUUGAUGAAAAACUGUCCUUUCUGGAUAGUUACGUCCAGGACGCGUUAAACAAGGGUGCUAAACCCUACUCUCCCGUCCCUGUUACGCGGACGCAUAUAUCUGAAGACAAGAAACAGUUGGAAAUCCGUUACGAGGCAUAUGAGAAGCCGUCAAUCCCAGUAUACCGUAGACCUAACCUCUCUGUCAGAACCGAUUCCGCCACCAAUGUACCCAUUUCUAAUUGGACUCCGAACAUCACGCCAGGUCAAUUGGCACGGAUGAGUUUCUCUCAAGAAUCCAUAUUAGGUCGAGAGCAUGACGAAUUUGAUGGAAAUCAGCAUCGUCAGUCAAUAGCAUCAUCCACGUCGUCACCGAUAUCAAAGACGUUUGCAACUGUAGUUGAACAGAAGUGGAGCAGAGCUGGAUAUAGACCAGUAAUUGCAAAAUUAGGGCCAUCUUCACCACCUUUGUCAACUAGUUCAAACGAAGAGUCUCAGCCAGCAUUAGCUACUAUACAGGCAACUGUCAAACCCGUAAAGACAACGAUUACAACCAAUGAUGCUAACGUAGAGAAAACACAGUUGGUGUCAGCUUUGUUCAGUGGUUUGGGGUCAGGAUCAAGGACUCGCUUGAGCCAAGAAUCGAGUAACUUAUCACGUCAAGACCUCAUUGACUUUGAUACAACUAGCAUACGACCGACAAAUACUAUUAUGCAUCACCUUAGUCCAGUCCAAAUGACGACACGAGAAUUUGGUUCACUUUGGGUGAAUCUAUUACACGGAUCAUGUAUAAUUACCAAUAAAUCACAUACGCUCGAGUCUUUAAGAAGGCAACUUGAAAAUGAAGGACGUUUCGGAAUCGUAGAAAGCAAAGGGUCUGAAGUUAUUGCUUGUGCUCACGUGAUGCAUCCAUCAUUGAAAAAAGACGCUGGCGCUGCAAAUCUUGUAUUGCUACACUUUAAGAUUAGAGACGAUGGGCGCGUGCAACUCACCGUUAAAUCUAACAUUAAUGGGAUUUCGGAAGCGAUUGGAAAAGAACUUGACAAGUAA